AUGUGGACACGAACGCUAACAAAUGAGACGGCUGUAACUGAAUUUCUGCUUUUGGGAUUUUCGCUAUUAAAAAACACCAGAUUCUGCCUUUUUAUUAUUAUAUCCUUUAUUUAUUUUGUCACCGUUAUGGCCAAUGUAUUUAUUGUUAUCAUUGUAAAAACCGAGAGAAGUCUUCAUAAGCCCAUGUACUUUCUUAUUGGUGGACUCUCCUUUAUAGAGAUCUGGUAUCCUUCGGUAACUGUUCCUAGACUCAUUUGGUCUCUUAAAACAAGAGAACAAUCCAUUUCUUGGCUCGGCUGUAUGAUGCAGUUUUACUUUCACUUUUCUCUUGGUGCCACAGAAAUGUUUCUGCUGACCGCCAUGGCCUAUGACCGAUAUGUGGCCAUCUGUAAUCCACUACACUAUUGGAGCAUCAUGAGUACCAGGGUUUGCUUUAUACUUAUAACCGGAUCCUGGGUUAGCGGCUUUACGUCUAUUCUUGGCCCAUGUCUACAGAUCUCAAGCCUUACGUAUUGUGGCGCAAACCAACUUGACCAUUACUAUUGUGACCUUGGCCCAUUACUCAAGGUCUCUUGCUCUGACACAUCAAGCGUUGAAAAGCUGUUUUUCUGCCUGACCUUGUUUAUAAUUGUAGGUUGUUUUCUAUUAAUUAUUUUGUCUUAUAUAUGUAUCAUCCGGACAACCAUGAUGUUACCAACAGCACAAGGGCGGAGGAAGGCAUUCUCAACCUUUGCCUCGCACUUAAUGGUUGUAUUACUAUUUUAUGGCCCCAUUAUAUUCAUGUUCGUCCGACCCAGUACUGGUGGUCACUUACACCUGAAUAAAAUGGUUUCUGUUGUCCCAUCCAUAGUGACUCCUCUUCUGAAUCCCACCAUUUAUACCCUACGGAAUCAGGAAGUCAUAAAUGCCAUGAAGAAAACCGCUAUAAAAAUUAACGUUUUCCAUGGAUUGUGUUUAUAA